GACUGAUUUGUGAUGAUUUAUAUUCCAUCAUUCUUUGUUUGUAGAUCUCUAUGUCAACACAUUUCCCCCCUUUUUAGGUAGCUUCUUCCUCUUCUUUGUUUUGUCUCUUAUCAGCUCCUCGAUCCCCUCUCUCAAUAUUAUUCCUCGUUCAGUUCUUAAUGUAGGCAGAAUUCAGUAGCCAGGUUUCCCUUCUUAGCAUGCCGAACUCGGAGCUGAUCCUUGUUAAAGACCGGAUCGAAUUCGAUAUCCUGAAACGACCGGCAUUGGAGUUUCAAGAGGAGUGCCUUGAAGCUAAAGCUAUUAAUACUUCUUCAAACGAUGUUCCUAUUAGUGAUGGUGAAGAACGACAAUUACUGGAAGAUGAUGAAGAGAAGAAAGGAGAAGAAAGCGAAAAGAAAAAUAUAUCGUUAGGAGAGUUCAAGGCAAUGGUCGAUGAAGACGAUGGAUUCAAGACUCCAACGUCUUUGGAUUAUAAAAUCCCAGAGAUGAAACAAUGUCCACCUGCACCAAGAAAACCAAAGGCAACUAAAAGAAGAGCAUCGCCGAGUAGCAGUGGUACUGCAAAUGCAAGCACAUGCCGGAAUCUGCAACUUCAUCUUUCACAAGCUGUGGCCUCACUUGUUGAUGAUUUACACAGCAAGGUCAAGAAAGCUCGAAUACAUGAAAAUUGA